UUCGAAACUUCAUUUAGAGAGAGAAACUGAGUUUAUAUUGUUCAAAUUGAACCCAAUCCAUGUAAGAAGAAAAAAUAAAACCUCUCUUUUUUUAAUCUCAACAUCCGUAGCUUUGAGGUUGAGUCCAACGAUUUCAACCGACCUAUUUUUGUUGAAUUUUACUAAAUCAAAGCUCAUCAAUUUUGUCAACUUUCACAUUUCUUUUACCGCCAAAUUUCGUCUUCUUCCCAGAUUCCGAUUCAUAAUUCAUUCACACCAUUACAGAUCGACUUUGUUUGUUUACAAUUUUCAAUUCUUUCAAGUAAUUUGGCGAUGGAUUCCGGGAAAAGGUGCUUGCUUUUGUUCUGGGCUUUGCUGAUUUUGGCAGAGGUGAUUACCGGCAAUCUGGUGUUUCAAGUUCACCACAAAUACGGCGGCCGCGGCGAGGGGACGGCGGCGCUGGGGGCGCUCAGAGCCCACGACUCGCGGCGCCACGGCAGAAUGCUUUCCGCCGUUGAUUUUCAGCUCGGCGGCGAUGGUUCGCCCACUAGCGCUGCGCUAUAUUACACCAAAAUUACUAUCGGGUCUCCUCCAGUUGACUAUCAUGUCCAAGUAGAUACAGGAAGUGAUAUUUUAUGGGUGAAUUGUCACAAUUGCGACAGGUGUCCCACUAAAAGUGAUCUACAUAUAGAAUUAAAGCAGUAUGACUUGGCGGCUUCCUCCAGUGGAAAGGUGGUCACUUGUGAUCAAGAUUUCUGUGAUGCUGCAUUCAGUAGCCCAAAUGCAAAUUGCCAGACUGGUAUGAACUGCGAAUAUUCUGUUACUUAUGGAGAUGGGAGCAGAACUGAGGGAUACUUUGUCAGGGACAAUUUUAGAUUUGACCAAGUGACUGGAAAUCUUCAAACCUCGUCAAUGAAUGGAUCCAUUGCAUUUGGGUGCUCAGCCAAACAAGCUGGAGAAUUAGGUUCAUCUUCUGAGGCCGUUGAUGGAAUAGUUGGUUUUGGACAAGCAAAUACAUCCAUUCUUUCACAACUUGCCUCAUCCAAAAAGGUGAGGAAGAUCUUUUCGCAUUGCUUAGAUGGUAGCAAGGGAGGUGGAAUCUUUGCUAUUGGAGAAGUAGUUCAACCCAAUGUCAGCAGAACACCACUUGUUCCAAAUGAGCCACAUUACAAUGUGAAUCUGAAAUCAGUCGAGGUAGGUGGUCAAUUCUUGAACCUCCCGACAGACUUGUUUGAUACGGGAUCAAGUAGGGGGACUAUAAUUGACAGUGGUACAACAUUGGCGUAUCUUCCAUCUGAGGUUUAUCAGCAGCUUUUGGACCGGAUGAUGGCGCAACAUCCAGAUCUGCAAAUUCACAUAGUUGAGCAACAGUUCAAAUGUUUUGUCUUCGGUGGGAAUGUGAAUGAUGGAUUUCCAGUUGUAAACUUCCAUUUUGAGAACUCUCUUGUUUUGCCAGUGCAUCCCAGCAAUUAUCUCUUCAAAAUUGGUGAGACCGAAUAUUGUAUAGGUUGGCAAAAUAGCGGGAUGCAGACAAAGGAUGGAAGGGAAAUAACUUUGUUGGGAGAUAUAGUAUUAUCCGACAAGCUCGUUUUGUACGAUCUUGAAAAUCAGACCAUUGGAUGGACACAAUAUAACUGUUCGUCAAGCAUCAAAGUAAGAGAUGAGGCUACCGGGAAUAUUUAUGUUGUUGGGGCACAUGAUAUCUCUUCUGCUUACAAUGUGUCGAAGGCGAAUUUUAUAGCAAUCCUUUUGUUUCUAUCUGUGCUGUGUAAACUGAUAGAGUAAGUGAGUUAUACACAAGCAGCAGCAGCAGCAGCUUCACAGGUAAUGCUGCUCUUGUACAAUAGUAAUUGUUGAUGCUGGUGCUGCAUUCUUGAACUAAUUAUAGAAAAAGGUUUGGCUCGAUUUCGAGUGUUGAAAGCUCUCUCCAUUACUUCCCUUUAGUGCUUCAUCUCCUCCUAAAACGAUUAGCUUCUUCUUGCAACUGCAAUAUUGCUGAAGAUUCACUGACAUUAUAUCUACACGUACGAGCUUUGUUGUGUCAUCGCGUGCACUGUGUAACAGAUAUUUAAAUCAUUGGUAUUGAAAUUAUACACACAGAUUUGAUUUUUA